CGGAAGAUCGAGUGAAGCAGUAGCGGAGCUACGAUGUCGGCAAUGCGCGACCUCUACCACUUCACCAACAUCAGAAGCGCCCGGAAUGUCACCCGCGGCAAAGUCAACAUCAUCGGCGUCGUUCUCGAGCACGGUUUUCCCAGACAGACCAAAGGCACCGAUUGGUAUUACUUUGUGAGGAUAAUUGAUGAGACGCAUCAUGAUCCGGGGUUACCCGUUCAAAUAUUCUUUGAAACUAUGGCAAAAAGUCCGCGUGUUUUGUCGCCUGGAGACAUAAUGCAGUUUCAAAAUGUCACGAUGAAAGUUGUGGGAGAUGAUGUGUGUGCAGUUUAUAAUAAGAAGUACUCUAGCUUUGCCCUGUAUAACGGAAGUGAUGGUAGUGUUCCUUAUCAGACAUCUGAAAGGUUCCGCGAAAGGGACCUAGACAAGAGAUUUGUUACAGACCUGAGAAGAUGGUUUCGGGAUUUCCCAAUUGAUCAAGGCCGAAAUGAUAUCUCGAUCGCCAGAAAUUUAACCGAAGGCGAGCAUUUUGAUUUGUUUUGUAAAGUACUUUAUAUCUAUGAUGGAGCUGAAAGUCAGUGGACGGCAUUUGUUUGGGAUGGAAGUGAUGCUCCUCCUGCCAACAUUCACAAAAAGCUCUCAGAGGAGAUGCAUCAACCAUUGGCUCUACAUGUGGAAACCUUUUCUUUAGCAAGAGAUGUUGUAUGCAGCUUUCCGACUUUAGGAACUGUUUUGAGAGUGAUAACUCAAGAUAUUGAGCCAGACUUCCUCCCUUUGUUCAGAACCGGCAGUUGGAUAAAACUUUCAAAUUUGUUGUGUGAAUUGUACGAUGGACUAUGGCGUGUUGUAUUGACUCAAUACUCUAGAAUUCGUUUUGCCUCGUAUGGGGACCGAUUCAGACCUGAGCCGCAAAGGUUAUAUGAUGAGCGAUUAUUACGAAAUCCAAGAAGUUUAAGACGGAUGCCACAAUGGAGCUUACCUUGGCCUUCUCGAAUUACAGAGGUUGAUUUUGAUGAUGAUUGUGAAUUUCAUACCUUAAUGGAUGUUGUCACGAGUCCAGAGGUGAUGGUUGGUUAUAAGUGUGUUGUUCGUGUUGUAUCGAUUUUGCCAUGCCGGGCAAUGGACUAUCACUUUCCUGUGGGAAUUUGUAAGAUCAGACUAACUCUAGAGGACCCAACUACCAGAAUUCAUGCCUUUUUGUAUGCUGAAGAUGGGCUGAAGUUUUUCGAAGGAUCUUCAUCUGAUGAAGUAUUGAGUGGAAUGCGAAAUGCACUGUUAGGAGCUGCUGCAAAUAUUGAUGGAGAUGAAGGAGAGGAUACUCCUCGAAACCCACCUUGGGUGCAAGUUUGUUUGAGGGUGAAAUGUGAAACUGAAGACGUUUUAGAGAGUAGAGAGUACAUGGUGUUUGGAACAAAGCUUAGAGCUUAGAGACUGGCUUAUAUGUACAACUUAUGUACUUAGGAAGAGAAAAUAUGUGUAUAUACAACUCAUGUAACUGAUUUUGCAUCUAGUAUCAGUAAUAUGUAUAU